CUUAACCGAACUGACUGACUGCGCACGGGAGAGAGAAAAUCACUUCGUCUUCUUCAGUCAGAAUCUACUCGACUCGACUCACUGAGUCGAAUCGAUUCUUGGGAGGUUGUUCAACCAUGUAUACACCUAAUCUUCACCAUCAUCCGAUUCAUGUUAACGUAACACCAUUACAAGUUCAAGACCCGUCGUCGAUGGAUUUCAAUAACAGUGUGAGUCCUGGUGGAGGAGUUUAUAUGCAAAAUGCAAGUCCUGGAGUUGCAGGAGCUGCAUUUAUGCAGAAUGUGACUCCUGGAGUUGGAGGAGUUCUAAUGCACAAUGCGAGUCCUGGAGUUGGAGGAGCUGCUUUUAUGCAAAAUGCAAGUCUCGGUGUUGGAGGAGCUGCUUAUAUGCAAAAUGCAAGUCCUGGAGCUGGAGGAGCUCACAUGCAAAAUGGAAAUUUCAGUAACCCGGGAACUGUCGUGGACAUUACUAAGAGAUUACAAGAUGAACUGGCGAAGAUAGGGCUUAAAAUCAAAGCUCACGAGGAGAAUCUGAGAUUCCUUAAGAAAGAGACAGACAAUGUAGAUGAAUCCAUUCUUGAUUUACAAGUUACUCUUGGGAAGCAUCAGUCUGAGAAUGAUGGUACCGCAGGAAAUGACGACUCAACCCACAUUCAGACUGAGGAAAACACGGUUCAGCAGAUAUUGAAGCAGGAGAAGUCUGCGGCUGGUGUAAUAUGUCAGCUGAAAACUCACCAUGCAACGCAGGCAUCAAAUCUACCCUUAACCAAGGAUGUGCUGGGUAUUGUAGCUACUCUCGGCCAUGUGGAUGAUGAUAACCUUAGCAGACUUUUAUCGGAGUUCUUAGGGUUAGAAAAGAUAAUGGCAAUUGUAUGCAUGACCUACGAGGGUGUCAAAUCUAUCGAAUUAUAUGAAAAGGAAGGAAAAAUCAGUAAGGGUUCUGGUAUACAUGGUCUUGGAGCAUCGAUUGCAAAACCCGUGGAUGGAAGAUUUGAAGUCAUCUGUCUUGAAGGUUUAAGACCCUAUGUCGGUGAUAUAGUUUCUGAUGACCCACAACGGAAGCUUGCUCUUAUGAAACCAAGAUUACCAAAUGGGGAGUGUCCACCUGGAUUUCUUGGCUUUGCUGUAAAUAUGAUCAAUUUGGACCAUUCAUACUUGUCCUAUGUAACAGCCAGUGGUCAUGGUCUUCGAGAGACCUUAUUCUAUAGCCUUUUCUCUCGCCUCCAAGUGUAUAGAACUCGAGCAGAAAUGUUACUUGCCCUUCCUUUUAUAUGUGAUGGAGCCAUGUCUCUGGAUGGUGGGAUGGUUAGGAGUGCUGGAAUGUUGGUCCUUGGUGAUAGGAAAGACAUGGAGGUUAGAUUCCCGCUUACUUCUCCAACGAAGAAAAUGGCUUUAAACUACUUGGAUACUGAAGAAAAGUUGAAACUGAAGAAAUGGGAGAAGGAAAGGAUUUUGGAGGAUGUUCAAAGAGAACAACAGUUAUUGAUCCACGUGAAACAAAGUUUUGAAUCUAAACGGCAAGAAUUUGUUAAGAAUCUUGCUGAAAGCUCAUCCCGCAUAACUCAGCAGCAAUUCCAGUCAGGAAGUAGAAGCAGCACCCCAAGAUGAGCCGUGUACAAACUGAAUCAACUUUACUCUUUUAACAAUGAGUUGAUAAAGAUCUGUAAAUCCACCUCAACUUCUAUCAUGGACGAAGAAUUUUAUUUCGUGUCAGUUGAAAGAACGCAUUUGAGAAGUUAACUGCCUUAUGCAGUGCAGAACAGUUGGUGGAAUUUCCCCCCAACCCUCCAAAGUUUUGCAUAUAUCAGACCUUCCAUGUGCAAGUAAUGAAUGGAUGUCGUCACUUGGAAAUACAUGCAGUCAAGUGACCUGUGUAACUGAAAGAACUUUAAUGUAGCAGUAGCCUUUCUUUGUAUCAGUUUCGGUCAUAUUCUCUGCCUACUAGCAUUUGUCUGUUUUCUUUUCUUCAUCCUUAAUGAUUUUUUUGUGUGCGAGUUGUCCUGAUUAACAUUGUUACUUCUUUCUGAUGAAAUACUGCACAGCAGUAACCCUUGUAUUUCAA